ACAAGUAUUAGCUAGCUGUCUAUUCCUGCAAGGUAGCAAACGCAGUACGAAGAAAGCAUACAGAGACAGCAAUUUUUCCAUGUCCCCCCCCCAGGAAUUACUCUCUGAAAUGUUACCAUGUAUUGACCCCCCUACAAAGAAAUGGGAUCUCCGCCCCUGGAUAGUACAGUACAAGUUGUACACAUUCUUAUAGCAAGGUUCGUCUUGUUGGAAUUUAUUAUCCGAUACUGAUCAGCCUUCAUUAUUAAAUUGGAAAUCAUGAAAUGCUAGUGUUCCUGCCUCAUGGGCAGAUCAGGGCAUUGUGACGCAUAUGAGACGUUAUUGUUAGAUCAUUAGCCACAGUGAUGCCACGGUUAUGUUUCAAGUCUUCUCACACAGAACUUCAAAUUGACUGAGCAACACAAUACUACAGUUCAUCGUGCUAUCGGCUUCGUAUUUUAAAGGUUUAUUUCAUAUUUGCGGACUCUGGUCUUCCCGAUCUCACAAUGUCGGAAAGAAACGAGUCAAAGAAAAAAUCUUUUGAGGAAUCAAGAGCUGAAUGUAGUUCUACAACGAGGACGAAAAGGUUUGAUGCAGAUCUGGAUCAUAUGAACCUCUCCCCCAUGAUACGCCACCUUGUGGAGAACAUGACAGAAGAGCAUUGGAGAAUUGUCCGUGAGGCUCUAUGUGUGCCUAGGACCAAAGAAGAAGUUGGCCAUCUUUGUGCUAUCAUAGUGAAGAAAGUAGUCCAGACUGCUCAUUAUUACCUGCUCCCAGUCCUCAGUGAAAUUCUGGGUGUUCCUGUCGCAUACGUAUGUGGAAUGACAAGAUCAGGGCAACACACAUUUUGGCUAAGCACCUCAGAGGCCGAAAGACAUGAGGGAUCAUCUCUACGCCAAGGAUCUCAGGGGAUAAGAAAUGAAAUGCUCUUGGCAGCAGCCAAGAAAGAAGUCGAUGAGAUUUUUCGAGAAUCUGUCAGAAUAGUCAGUGGUUUGGAUCCAGUUGUGCCUGCCUUACCAGAGGGAUAUUCCUCCAUCUCCAAAAUGAAUGUGGAUUUGACAGCCUCAUGCACCAUUAAGGACUUUGACUCUGGUCCUACUACAGCACCUAUGAUGGCUGAGGACGCUAAAGCCUCAGGACUAUCACAAUCCAUCAUCUUGCUCAACCAGUUCACCGGCACUGAAUUUCAACAAAGGGCAUCAAAGCAAGUGAGUGAGGUUUUGCUCAAAACUCUUGAGAAUGAAUCCCCAAUUGAGGAAUUUGCUGAAGAUGACGAGGAAUCAAACUCCAAAGCAGAAAGUCAAACAGACCUCUGUAGGGUUCAUGCUAUCUUCUAUCCAUCUGGUCCCCGUCAGAGUCUCUUGCAGUUGAUCUAGUUGGUGAUAUUAUUGAAUCCAUGAAGGACAAAGUCUCCGGCCAAGAGGUUCAUUCAACAUCAUAUGAUGUUGUUGGAUGUGUUAUUGAAGGGAUGAAAGAUCUUUUGGAGAAAACACGAGCCCUAGGAACUGGUGUUACAAUGAAAAGGAUCUACAGGACAACAUCUCAAAAAAUGUUCAAUGCAAUUCAGAACAUGGUGGGGAAAUUGUUUUGCAAA